AAAUGGAGAUUGCAAUUGUUGGAGCAGGAGCUGCAGGGCUAAAUGCAGCUCGUCAUGUUGCACAUACCUACAAUUGUAUUCCUACCGUAUUUGAGAAGAAUUCCAGUUUUGGAGGAGUCUGGGUUUAUAAUCCCAAUACAGGGAUUGAUCAAAGAGGAGAGAAGAUACAGUCCAGUAUGUACCGAGACCUGAGAACCAACCUACCCAAGGAUGUGAUGAUGUUUCCCGACGUACCGUACAAGGAAUCUUUAAAUGAAUCCUUUGUACAUCACACAGAGGUUUUGGAUUAUUUGAACGAGUUUGUUGACAAGUUUGAGAUAAAGAAAUACAUACAUUUCAACACAAAGGUGGUAAGCAUCAAACCAAUUUAUCCAGACCCUGCAGAUAAAGAAGAGAUCUCCGAAAACGGAAAUGGUAUGGAGGUUCAUGAAAACGGAAAUUGUAGUGAGGCUCAAAAAAACGGAGAUGGAGUUGAGGCUCAUGAAAACGGAAAUGGUAUUGAGGCUCAUGAAAACGGAAAUGUUAUUGAGGCUCAUAAAAAUGGAAAUGAAAUUGAGACUCAUAAAAACGGAAAUUUAAUUAAGGCCCAUGAAAACGGAAAUGGAAUUUCAACUGCCGAAAACCAUCCCAGAAAUGGAGGAGAAAAUGGAGUUCAGACUAAAAAUGGAGCAAAGACUAAUGGAAAGGAGGCAGAGAAGAAUAUGAAGAAUAAACUGAAUUCAAAUAAAAAAUGGAAAAUAGAAUACCUUUGCCUGGAGACUAAAACAUCCCACUUUAAAUACUUUGACGGUGUUAUGAUUUGUGUUGGCGCUUAUACCACCCCUCACUAUCCUCAAAUACCAGGCCUUGAACAGUUUACAGGACGGGUCAUGCACAGCAACGAUUAUAGAUAUCCAGAUCCUUUCAGGGGUGACAGUGUUGUAAUUCUGGGAGCUUCGUACAGCGGAGCUGAUAUAGGGCUUGAAUUGGUUCCUCAAGCAGAAAAGAUUUAUCUGUCCCACAACAAUCCUAAACUAACAUCAGCUCUACCCGACAACAUGAUUCAAAUCAGGAAAAUAUUAUAA